AUCUGUUAAGCUUGUGUGACAGGGUGGUGUCUCUAGCAGUAUCCCGGAUGCAAACACGCUCAGAAGUCUGGGUCUUAGAGAGACAGGGAAGUCUCCUGCUGCUCAAGCUCCAAGCACUGGCAUGCCAUUUAAAGACCAACAGUUAAAACAGCUCAGAGCGCAGUGCCUUGUGUUUUUGGCUUUCAGAAAUGGUUUGACACCUAAGAAGCUUCAUCUGGAGAUUGCACUUGGAAAUUUUUACUCAAAAGAAGAUGGACCACGAAGAGAUCUUAUUGAUCAGAAAGAGGAGCAGCUCAAGGACCCGAGCAACAUUCCUGAAGCCUCUAGGCAGUCUGAAAGACUAGUUAACAGCAAAGGUCAUUCAUCUUUUGUGGACUUCGGUUCAUCCAAAGGAGCUGAGUUUGCAAAGAUAAUGGAGGACAAAGGUGGUCAACCCUCUAUUCUGUUUGAAAAUGAACAAGAUAGGAGGAAUCUUAUAGUGACAGGAAGGGAAUUGGAUGCUGAAAUGCCUAACUCGGAAACAGUAGUACAGACACUUGCACCUGGAGAACAUUAUGAAUUGGACAUGAGGAAUAUUUCUAUCAAUAAUCACGGGUUUGAUUCGAAGCACAGCCAACGACAGACUGGAUCUACCAUCGUAGCUUCUGUUGUUAUACCCCCAGCUGAGCAAUUGAAGCUUGAGGAGAGUAGUGGGACUGGAACUGGAUACGAAACUGAUGCUUCCAAGGCGUCAUUGCCUGCCACUGUUGUAAUGCAUGAAUUGGUGCCACAAAAAAACGAUGAUGCUGUCAGUCUCUCUCAAGGUCCUACUGGCUGCAGUGAUCUUGGAAAUAGACUCCGUGAUGGGAAGUUGCCUAGUUUUCCAUCAAAGGACCAGUGGAAGCCUGUCUUGGGAAUGAGUGGCCAAAGUUACCCUGCAAUGAUGAAAAAUGUUUCACAUUCUUUACGGACAGAUCGAGAAGAGGAUGAUAUUUCAAUAUCUACCGAUAGGCCACCUUCUUCAAGGCAUGCAACACUGGAAAAAUGGAUUUUGGAGCGUCAAAAGAGAAAAGUUAUUUCCGAGCAAAGCCUGGCACUAAACCAGCAGAAAACAGAACAAAGAAUCGCUGCCCGUUCUGACAAGCUAAAGGUUUGCAAUUAAUUGUUAUUCAUUCAG